AUGGUGGUAUCUUCUUCGUGGUGCCUUUUAUCCCUCGCUGCCGUGGUGGGUGUCCAAGGCCAAUCCUAUGAGUUCUACCAACAGUUGGCUUCCAACUUGGAAACGACACCCGAAAAGUUUGUCGAGCUGGGAGGUGUUCUGGAUGACAACUGUACAUUUUCCUUUAAUGCCUCGGCCGACAAUUGCGACGCACUGAUUGCAGCCUACAAAGGUCUGCUGGAUAGUGCUACUAGCAAUAAUGGAACUACUUUUGUGGAUGGAGACAGCAGCAGCAGCUGUGGCUGCUACAGUUUUUGCCGAGGUCAGAAUGUGGCCUGCUACGACAAAGGAGACUUCCCACCCGAAUUUCAAUGCAACGUGUACGACGUCGUGGCGGGAUGUCAGGUGGGAGUGGUCGCCAAGACAUCCCCAUUGAGCCCUGCCGAAGAAGCCGACAAACCGUGUCCCGAAGGAUACAUGUGCUCUCAAGACAAGGAACGAAGCUGUGAAGAAAUUCGACAAAUCCCCAUUGAUCUGGGUUUGGGAGAUGUUCAUGCGGGUCUUUACUGUCCUGGCACGGACAAUAGAACAAACAACAACUACAACAACUGUGAAGCCGGAUUUUACUGCCCUGAUUCCGUCACCAAAUUACCAUGUCCAGCCGGGUUUUUCUGCCCACACAAGGUGAGUUGGCUCAUUUAUUUCAUGGCAAGAUCAGCGAAAAGAAUUCUUGCUAUGGGACAAGCCACUGAUCUUGUGCUCUACCUACCUGAUGAUGAUGAAAAAAAGACCAUGAUGCCAGAGAUUCCCUGUGAUUUCUGUCCCGAGGGAGCUGCCACCAUGAGGCGAAAACCCUACGGAUACAUAGGUUUUGCUAUUGUGAUCGGUUUGAUGAUCAUCUUGGUGAUUUGGGAGGUAUUCAAACGAUACAAUGCAGGGUUGUUUGAACAUUUGGUAGAACUCAAGAGUCGCAAAGUCAGCAAUUUGAAAAAGACCAUUUGGAGCCAACGGCGUCAAGCCAAGCUGGAAAAAUUAAUGCCCAAACUGGAAGUCAUUGAAAAUCGUCUCAAACACAAAUCGGGAACGUACAAACCGGAGGACGAUGGCAAGGCAGAAAAGGCACUCAACACCAAACGGGAUGAUGGAAAGAUUGUCUUUGAUGCUCGACGACUCUUUGACUUGAUGGAUACGGAGAAAAAGGGCGAAUUGACCUACACGGAAAUCAACCAUGCGCUCGAACUCAACGCCGUGCAACUCCGCGAAUUCUCGAAACGAAUGAAUCAAGCGGCCAAGCUCCCACCCGAGACGGAAACGGUCAAGCGAAAGGUCUUUUCACACUACUUUCUGCGAGUGUUGGAACAAAUCUCGCAUUUUGAACCGACAUCCCACGAGGCAGAUGAAUUGUACGAUGAAAUUCUGGAGCAUCGAGGAGAACCAAUUGAUUUGGAUGGUAUUCCCCAUGAAUCUUUGUUCACAUCGCCCUUGGCAGACUUUUUGACCGAUGUGCAAAUCAACGAACUCAUCAAGCGAUUUCGGCAGCUGCAGGAAAAGCAAGUUACAAUGAUGGGUAGCAUGAAUGACUCUUUAUUAUUGGAUAACUCGUCUGGAGGAAUGGGAAUGGAUGAAAGCAAUGCAUCGCAACGACGAAGAUCUUCCAAUUCCCUGAUGGCGGUCCCGGCAAACUUUAUGCGUCGCCUCUCCAUGGGGAUGCGACGUGGUUCGAUGGCGACACCUCGUAAAACGAGAGGGUCCGAUUCGGAGGUGAAGAAAUCGACUCGAUCAUCCACCACAAAUGCCAGUGGUAGAUCGCGCGUCAGCGUAGCUCAAACUGUGAAGCGGGGGUCCGUGGCUGUCAAAAUGAAUGACGAUGACAUAGCCGCUGUCGACCCGGAAAACAUGGCGGAAUUCAACAGGGCGAAAUGGAAGCGUCCCACAGCAUUCUUCAAAUUCCACUUUUCCACAAUUACAAGGGCUGAAUUUGUGGCCUGGUACCCGUCCCUGCUUACGGAAAUCACGGAAGAGGAACAAACGGCGUCAAUCAGACCCACGGAGGUUGUCGAUGGAGUGGACAUUGCCUUUCAGGAUUUAACCCUGACCGUCAGCGUGAAGAAAUCUACCAUUACAAUUGUCGAUCACGUGACGGGUCGGCUCAGAUCUGGGACAAUGACAGCUCUGAUGGGCGGUAGUGGCGCAGGCAAGACGUCUCUCUUGAAUGCGCUUUGCGGGCGAGCUCAUUACGGUGACGUAACCGGAACCGUGUAUAUCAAUGGCCACAAAACGUCGAUUGAGGAGCAUUCAAGUGCUGUCGGAUUUGUUCCCCAAGAUGAUAUCGUCUAUGCGGAGCUUACAGUUCGUGAGAACCUUAUAUUCAGUGGGAAAUUUUUGCUCCCGCAAGGGACCCCCAUGCAAGAAAUUGAAGACCUGGCCGAUUCGACCAUGGCUAGCCUGGGGCUGUCAAGAGUGAUGCACAGCAUGGUUGGGGAUGUCAACAGGAGAGGUGUGUCCGGAGGAGAAAAGAAGCGUGUCAAUAUUGGACUGGAGCUCAUGGCAAGGCCAAAGAUUUUGUUUCUGGACGAACCUACUUCUGGGCUGGAUUCCAACUCGGCACUUUUGGUUAUGUCUUCCCUCAAGACACUUGUCACCGAGCAAGGCACAACAAUCUGCUGUGUUAUUCACCAACCUCGAAAGUUUAUUUUCGAAUUAUUUGACAGUUUGGUCCUCUUGGGAGUCGGAGGAAAGUUAGUUUACCAUGGGCCUGUCAUGUUGGCAGAGCAGUAUUUCACAGACCUCAACUACGAACUACCGCCUGGGGAGGCUUUGGCCGAUUGGUUGAUUGAUAUCUCGUCUGGACGGUUGGAACCAAAAGAUGACGAAGAGACUGGAUCCACUGCUGUGACAGCACCAACAAGCAACGGGGGGGCAAGCGAAGAAAUGGAUUCAGCUGACCUUGUCAGAGCGGCCAGCGGUUUGGUAUAUCCUUCUGUUGAAGGCGAAGAGUCAAAUCCAUUGCUAGGCGACUCCACGGCUGUGGAAUUCGAAAACGAUGCAGCACGAGCCAAAUCCAGACGGGAGAUUCUCUACGCGCACUGGAAAGAGCAUUUCGGGUCCCUCUCCGAUGAGAGCAAAGAAAUCUACAAGGCACCAGAGGCGUUUGACCUGCCUAAGAAGAGGAUCAUGAAGCCAUUCCAUAAUCAGCUGAUAUAUCAAAUUCAUAGGCUCUUUGUUGUUGGCGGAAGGAAUUGGCUUGCGAAACUCAUCGACACAUCCGUCAUUGUUGGUGCGGUGGUUUUGAUAGCAAUUAUGGAUGGCACUGUGAAAGCGACAAGAGAGGACAGCCUCAAUGAUCUUCGAUAUGAGAGCAUUGCUGAGCCAACAAGCGUCGAAGUGUUGGUGACAGAAUUUCCAAAGCUGUUCAGAUAUGCGAUUUCUGCCAACAUCAUUGAUCUGCAAGGGCAUGCCAGCAAGUUGGGUGUGAUCAUUGCUGUUCUGGUGGGGCUCAGUGCUACCAAAGUCAUCACGAGCAAGCGGAAAGAGUUCUUUCGUGAAGCCGGGAGCGGCUACAAUGUCAACGCAUACUUCGCAGCUGUGAACGUUGUGGCAACACUGGAACAUUCGAUUCAAAUCCUUUUGUGCGCGUUGUUCGCCUUGUGGCUUCGAAGUUCCCUGUCCCACUGGUACAGCUACAUUGUGAGCUUUUUGAUGAUGGGCUGGAUCACAGUCUCUUGGGCGCUGUUGUUCCCGAUCGUUGUCCCACAGGAGAAUGUUGUGCUGGUAACCGGUUUCUUCAUUGUUCUCAUGUCAUUCAUAUUCUCUGGAGCCAACCCGCCUGUGAAGUUUGAGACCAUUUACAACAACGACGCCCUAGCUGUCUUCAGUGGAAUCUUCUCACCCUGCAGAUUCUUCAUCGAAUCCCUUGUCGUGAUUGAAUCGAUGUGUCUUCCGGUGCAAAGCGGGUUCACCGACUUCGGACCCAACUUCCGGGGGGACGCCCUGCAGGCCGCCUCUUUUCGGAUCACUGGACAGGGUUGGAAUGACUUUGGGACCAUCACGGUGCGCUCUUUCGAAGGCUGGUAUUGGGGUGUGUUGCCUGCCCUAGUUGUGGGAAUUCUGAUUCGUUGGGGAGCUGCCGGAGCCAUACAUGUUUCGGAUCGAGCCAAGCAAGCCAAAAAGUCGCUGAUUCACGACCUUGCCAAGGAACCGGUAGGGUGGAUCUGGUUGAUCCUUUAUUUCAUCAUUCUGCUCGGUUUGUUUGGAGCAUCUGGCUAUUUGAUUCUUCGCCAGGUUUCAGCAGUAGAGGGCUGA